UCCUGGUUGUUGGUGUACUAAGCCACCGCCAUGCACGCUGCCACGGUCGGGUGUUGAAACCAAUGAGCAAGGGGAAGCGAGGACCUCCCAAUGCAAUGCUUAUUACUGAUAAGAGCAGCACUUUACCACUGUUUCCCAUCGUUAUUACUUCCUAGAUUUACCAAAGAGAAGAAAAUUACCCCAAAGCAUCAUCAUGGAAGCCGCCGCUGCGGUCGUCAGUUUCGUCGGCCUGGCAGGCCCGGUCGCGCAAAGUCUGAAGUUCUUGUAUGAUUUCUCGACCGAUAUGAAGGACUGCCCGAAAGACAUUCGUGAGAUGAAGACCGAUCUUGAACUAGUGGAAGAUUUGAUUACGCAAGUGAUUCGACAGUGCAACAAUCGCGACGCGCAUCUUCGAGAAAGCGCGGCACUAGCACGCGCAAUUGGUCACGCCCAAGAAAGCGUUCAAGAUCUCAAGAAGGAGCUGACUGCGUAUGUUAUGGAUGGGAAACGUCAACGAUUCAGGUUUGCGGCCAGGGUCAGCCAAACGAAGAAGCUUAGGGCAAGCUUGGAUAGGACGAAGACCAUCAUGUUUGAAUUCAAGAAUCAGCUUCAAAGCGAUUUAUUAUAUGACAUCCGCGAUACAAAUCAAGAGGUUCUCAGAACAGUGGAGAAGACCAACAGAGAUCUGGAGAAAUAUGACAGAAGCGUUCACGAAAAGAUCGCGCAGCAACCCGAGGCCCAAGCAAAACCCUCAAACGAUUCGCAGGAUAGUGUAGAGCCGCCAGUUCAGCCUGAAAGCCAACCCUCAUCUGAAGGUCUGACAGACAUUGAAGUUGUUGCGAGGAAGCUCGAGCAUAUUACGGACUUGUUGACUGAAACAAGGAUAUCACCUUCACCCAGUUCAGUACCAUCAACGCCUGCAUUUUCACGCGAAGUUAGUGAUGUCUCCGUUAUGACCUCGUCCCAGGAAACAACCGCCAGCAGCAUUGAAAGUUCGCGAAGCAUUCCACGGUCAUCGUUCGCAUCCCAGAGUGCAAAACAAGAGAGCAGCAUUUCCGAGCACCCCCUUCUACAGUUCAAAGAUAAUCAGUUCCAAUUCUUGGUCGCAAUCAUCUUCACACAACGCACCACCAAGCAGAAGCUCGCUUGUCAACGCGCCUCAGAGUGUCUAGCAGACUAUCCAACACCCGCAGCACUUUCAAACGCAUCACCUGAAGCCCUUAGUCAAUAUUUCGGUGGAAUCGGUUUGCAAAACAUCAAGCCACCACAACUGAUUAAGCUAGCACAAGCAUAUAUCAACGAUCCACCAAGACAGGGUAGAUUACGUUCCAAAGGGAAAUCACCUCAAUCUGAGAUUUCGCAUCUACCGCAGAUUGGAACAUUGUCUAUUCAAGCAUGGCAAGUAUAUUACUGUGAAAGGACGGAUAUUGAGACCCAGGACAAGGCAUUGUUGGAAUACAUGGAACAUCUGAAAUCAGGAGCAGGAGCCAAUCGCUACUAUUGAUCGUGUUCUCCCAGGUGGUAGACUUCGUGGGAUUUCACAUAGGCUCAGGCCUGAUCAAGAGCGACUCAGAAUCGGGUGCAGUUGACCUAAGGACGAUC